GAAACAUGCCUCGGCUAUGACAAAAUUGUGAGAUUUGGUCUGGUGUGAUUUUAAUUCUGUAAAAAUCCUAACAUCUCCUCUAGACAACGGUCGAGAAGUUUUUUUUUAGAAAUAUUAAUUAAUUCAAUAAAUAUGAUAUGAACAAAAAUUAUGUAAAAUAUUAUAGUAUUGUCAAAAUUUCGAACCUUAAAAAAAUGCUCAGACUGUUCUCUGGAGGAGAUAUUAAGAAAUGUUAUUAUUUUUAUACGAUUAAAAUCGGACCAUCCAAUUUCACAAUCUUGUCAGAGCAGAAGGUUUAAACAUUUUUUUUUUUUGACCGAUUAGAACCACCUUAACAAUUAUUAUUUAUCAAUAUGAAGGUGACAAAACGCAAGAUUAAAUGAUGAAUUCAAAUUGAAAAUUUAUCUAAUCGAAUUUUGAUAAAAAAUAUUUCGUAGUAGUUGUUAGUAGUUGUAAGUAGCUAUUCAAUGUAAUAUCGUAGUUAUUUACAUUCGAAGCAAUUACAUUCGGAGCAAUGUAACACAAUGAAAUGUUAUUGCUACGACCAUAGACAUAUUAAGAUAUGGACUGCGCCUCCCCCACACUCUGCCAUAAGUUUAUUGAAAUAAGAUUGUUAGAAUGAGAAAGAGUCUAGUUUAGGUAAGAAAAAAUGUAAUAUCAUGGAAUAAUAAACAAAAAACGUCUUAUUAAAAAUCAUAGACACAUAAAUGCACUUAAUUAAAACAUACAAUGUUUUAAAUAUAGGAUUUAAAUUAUUUUUAAUAAUUGCAUAGCUCUUUAAAAUGUAGGUAGAGUACUAUAGGUAGGUAGUGUACCUAUAAAGCAAUAUAAAAUAUGAAUCUAGGAAAAAAAGUGACACAAAAUAAUGACACGGAAAAAAAUCAUUAAAUGUAUUUUAUUUAAAAAUCACAAAUGUCAGUUUUAAGCAUAGACAUAUAAAAUAAAUACCUAUAACAUUCUUUAUCCGUCUAUUGUUUUAAGUCAAAUACAUGAACAUUAGAUAAUAAAUCUUUUAUAUUUGGUCAAUUAUAAAGUUAUCAAAUUAAAAUAUUAAAAAAAAUGAAAUAGUUAGGUAAAUUUUAAUAAUAAUAUGAAAAUAAUAAAUCUGAAAUCUGCUAUUUUAUUUUGACCGAUUACUUUGAAAUAUAUCUAUUGAUUUUUAAAAUGAAUAGUCUUAAUUAAAAAACGAUCGUAUGCGUUCUUUUGGCUGACUUUCACUCUUAAUAUGUCUAUGGCUACGACAGAGUAAUAGAUGCUCGUAGUAGUUGUCUUUCGUGGCAGCAGUAUCUCCCCGGUAUAAAGUCCACUCGUUGGCACCAUAGAUAAAAAAUAUUUUAUUAUCUAUAGUUGGCGCGCACCCAGAUAGUAGCUGAUAGAAAAACUGAAGACAUUAUUAAUAAAUAAACAAUAACAUAACCACAAAUUCAUAUGUACAGAAAAAAAAAACUUUUAAAUAUUGAAUUUUCUGCGGUUAGCGGUUUUCUGUUGUACUUGAAAUUGUUGAAAACCUAAUAUUUGUAAAAAUUUUAAAGAACAAAGUAAAAUUAUUUUAUUAAAUAUUUAUUUUAAUCUUUAUUUUUCAUAUUAAUUUGUAUUCAAUUAAUAUUAUUUAUUUCAACAUUUGUUAUCAUCAGUUGUACAUAUAUUUUUUUUUUAAAUAUUGAAAAAUUAAUAUUUAUUUGUUGACAUCUAGUUUGUUUUGUUUAACAGAAACACAAGUUUCAGGCUUUCAAAAUGGGUUCCAUGUAAGUUUAAUGCAAGAUUAAUGCAUUAUUUGUCAUUUUAAAGUAGUUUUUAAAAUUGUAUAAGUAUAUUAUUUUUCAGUUACUGGAAAGAGUUCUAUUUCAAGUUAAAUAAAUUGAAUGUUAAUUAUGCCGACGAGUCAAUUGAAUCUAUGAUAUAUGAUUGCUUGGAUGACAUGAAAAAAGGCAUUUUCAAAUACAAAUCACAUUCUUCUUCUCGACUAGCAUUUUAUAAAAACGAUAAAUCAGAUACUGAGUAUCUAUAUCCUAUCAUAUCUCAACUACUUGUAAUUAUAAUACAUUCUUUUCUGUAGUUUUUGUUUUUAGUUUUAAAUAAUUUGCUCACAUAUAUUUAUAUAUUUUAUGUUAUUAUAUCUAUUUCAUUUAGUUUAUAAGUGAACAAGAUGCUAAAACAGUAUAUGAAAAGUAUAACGAGUUGGUGUGUAAAAAUAAAUUGAGUAAAUCUAUGACUGAAAUUGAAUUCCAUAAUGAAUGCGUAAAUGUUUGGAAUUUUUACAAUGAAGAAAUAUUAUUUUUAUUUCGUUCAUUAAAACUAAUUCUUACUGCUGCAGAAAAUCAACAUUCUCAUUAUUCUGUAAGUUUAUUUUAGAAAUAAGUAGUUUUAGUUAUUAUAUUGCUUUAGUCAUUUCAUUUUUCAUUUUUAGGCUGUAUGUAAAAAAUUUGUACAAAAACAAAACUGGAAAGAAUGGUAUAUUUCCUUAAGAAAACAAUUGGCAUAUAUUCGUACAUUAACAUUUUUUGAUACUAUUGUUUAUAAACCACUUCAAAAAAUUGUACACAAGCAUUUGCUGACAUUUGUUUUAAACCAACAAAUAGAACUUUUGCAAUUAAUUGUGUUAACGUCACUUAGAAUAGAUAGUAUUACUAAAGAUGAUUUCAACUUUUGGAUUACUAAUCUAAUUGUGAGUAAUUUAUUAAAUAAAUUAUAAAAUAUAAUUUAAUUUUUGGUUUAAACAAAGUGAUUAAUAAGUAUUGCUUUAUGAAGAUGUUGAACAAUUUAUGUAUAAAUAAUUAUUACCUAAUUUGCUAAAUUUUAAAAUAAAUUUAAUAUGCUUGCUCUUUAUACCUACCAUUAAACAAAAGAUAUGUAUAUUAAUUUCUAGUUUUAUUUAAUGUAGGAUAAUGAUUUUGGAAGGAAUCAAACAUUGGAAUAUGAUUAUAAUAAUUUAAAAACUGCAUAUUCUCCACUAAUUAAUCAAAUUUCUAGUUUAGAAACUUUGCAUUCAUUACAAAUUAUUACAAUGUUUUGGGAGUAAGCAUUUUAUUAAUUGUAUUAUUUAAAAUAAUAAUAUGUAAAAAAUACAUUUUGGUACCUGAUGAAUAUGAAUAUUCUUUUGUUUCAGGGAAGAAAAUUACAUUUGGUCGACUAAUUUAGAUUUUGAUGAUUCUGAUAAAAGAAUUCGUAUGAUUCAACCUAGCAGUGAUUAUGGUGCGGUGCUUGUAGCUUGGACACUUCUUCAUCUCAAAGGAAAAUUUGGAAUAAAAAAUACACAAAAACUAGAAGUUUAUACAGAAGCAAUGAGUGUAUUAAAAUUAUGGCCAUCUUUAUUAGGGAUGUGUCAAUCAUCAGCUGUUAAAGUAAAUACAUUUUGUAGUUUAAUAUUUAUACUUUAUUAAGUUUACUACACUAACAUAUCAACUUUAGGAUCAUCCAAUAAUAGACAAGUUAGGUAGAGUUUUAUGUGAAAAUCUUAUCAUUGAAAGUAUUGAAUUAGAUCUAUUCGAAUUGGUUGACUAUGAUCCAAUUGUUAUCAAGCUUGUAUCAUAUUUAUUAAAGAGAAAUGCAAGAUUAUCAAUAGAAACAAUUAGUAACUUAGAAAGUGGUAUUGGUUUGUUUGUAAACAAAUUCAUAGAAAUGUAUCCUGUUGAUUUAUAUCACUUAUUUGAACUAUUUACAAGUAUUAUUAAAGGAGCUCCACACAGUUUAAAUAAAGUAAAAAUCAUAAAAAUCAUAAAAUCUUAAUAUUAGUUUUUAAUUUAUUAAUGUAUUUUUAGGUGUGGAAAUUGAUGAAUGAUAUUCAUACAUUUAAUGCUGUCGCUCCACCAGAUGGACAAUAUAUUUAUCAACAAGAAACUGACACAUUCUCACUUACUGAUCAAUAUUAUGUAAAAGACUCUAUUUGGAGUAUUGAAUUUCCUAAAAAUACUACAUUUAUUAUUAAUGGUGAAAAUAUCCGUUUCAAUAUCAAAGUGCCUGUAUUCUAUUUUUUGAACUCUACAAUUAAUAAUUUCAGAAUGGUAAUAAUUGAAUAUUGUUAAAGAGCAUUGUGAUGAUUUUUUUUAAGAAUUUUGUUAAAUUAAUUUUGUAUAUCAUAAGACAUUUAUUAUCUUAGAAAGUAUUCACUUUUGUUGGAAUUUGUUUUAUUUAAAAUUUAAGAAACAAGUAGUUUACAAUUUUACAUUUAUGUUAUUUUUUGUGACUUAUUUUUGGGGGUAAGACCUAUAAUAAAGGUUGUAAAGGCUACCUUUGAUUUUCAAAUGGCAUUCUAUAAUAAAAGUUCUAUAAAUAGAUAGAGUAUUAAUUAAAAUUAAUUUUAGUGUUAAAAAUCAAAAGUGGUUUAUCCAAAAAAUAACAUGAAUGUAAAAUUUAAGAGUUGUUUGUUUUUUACAUUUUUUAUAAAACAAAUUCUGAAAAAAAUGCAUAAUUUUUUUGACGAGUAUCUUACAAUUGAUUGAUCACCAUGUAUAAAUAUAUAUAUACAUACAUUUUAGUAUCGUGAUGAAGACCGGAAGACUACUUCUUAUACUAAUACAAAAGAAUUGCUUAUUAAUUCCAUUAAAAUUAUCCAAUCUAUUGCAAAUGUUGCCACAUCAUUAAAUAACGAUAUUAUGAAAACAUGUGAAACAUUGUUAACCCUUGUUCCAAGGUAAAUAUUUCAGAAGUUAAUACAAAUAUAUUACUUAUAUAUUAUAUUAUAUUUUAUAAAUUUAUUUACUUAAAUUUGAAAUUAUAUUUUUAGUGUUUCUUAUAUUGAUUCAAAUUAUGCAGCUGAUCCAGAAGUUGUGUCUGAAAUAUUAAAACUAGCAAGACAUAUACUCGUUUAUUUCCCAGAACAAACGUUGUGUUACUUUAAUGCAAAUAAUUUUUUUCCUUUUUUGAUGAAUAGUCUUGAAGAUUCUAUUGUAAAUUUACAUCCUUUUUCUCAAAAUUCAAUUGCAUUAAUGAUUCUGAAGUAUGGACCUGAAGUUUAUCCAGUUUUAACUCAGUAUGUUAAACUCAUAGAAGCUUCUCUUAAAGUAUGUUCUAAUAAUUAAUAUUCUAUUGAUUAACUCUUUGUAUUUCAUUCAUUAAUAAUUAUUUUUAGAUAAGACAUACACUAGUAUGCCAAACUGCAACAUGUGGUGUAAUGUUUGUAUUCAAGACUAUAAUGCCAUUAUUAGCUGUAUCAGAUUUUUUUAUAGGACCCAAAGAAAAAAUGGAUUUGGGUUGGGCUUGUAUGCGCUUAAUCUAUGUUGUUUCUAUGUUACAACCGGAGAGUGUAGAAGAUACUUUAAUAAUGCCUAUUAAAAAAGUAUUGGAUUUAUGUCUACCACAUAGUCCAACAUCAAUUGCUUCGUUAAUGAUUUUAAAUAUAGCUACUAUAGGUAAAAUUAUUAUACAUUAAUAAUUUAUUCCAUAAUUUUGUAGGAGUUCACAAUUUCUAAUUAUUAAUUAAUUAUUUAAAUAAAUUACUUUGUAUAAAAAAAGUUUACUAUUAUAGAUACAUGAAUAAUUUAUUAAUAAAGAAAUUAUUUCUAAUAAAUUUGUUAAUGUAAUAUUUUUAGGAGAAAAAGAUUUUACUAAAAUAAUGCAUAAUUAUCAUAGUUGGACAACUGGAUUUGGGAAAAGAAAUAUUCAAUGUUUAAUAUUUGCAUUAUCCUUAUUAAAUUAUACUAUUGAAACAAAAUCACUCGUAUGUUUAUUUGAUCUAUUUAGUUUUAAUUUUAUCAUAUUUGUAAAAUUGUGUUUUGUAUUAUAGCCCGAUGUUAAUCGUAGCACAAAUACUGCAAUAUUUGAUCCUGAAAGAAGACUUGCCGUUUUGUUAUCAUAUCGUUUAACAGUAUUUCAUAAUAAAUUAAAUACCUUAUCUCUUACUAUACUUGGCACACUUGCAGAAGUAAGGAAAAUAUUUAACUGUUAAAAGAUGUCCAUAACUAAUUUAAUUGUUUUAUUCAGAAACGAUUUGUCUCUUUCAAUCUUUCAAUGGGUUUUAAUAAUGAAGAAAGAGCACGGACAGAGAUGUUGUCUUAUUUGAAAUUGCAUAGGCUUCAUUCCACCAAUAUUGUAAGUAUUAUAAAUCUAUUCAUAUUAAUCAUUUUGUUUUAUUUAGAAGAUAUUUUACUGUUUUAGGUGAAAAUGCUAAAAUUCUUACAUAACGCUAUUGCUUAUCAAUGUAAAAUGUUUGAAAUUAUUUUAAAUGUUGAAUUAAUUGAGAAUUGUAUUAAAGAAAAUAAACAAAUUGAAUCAAUUAAUGACAGUAUUCUAUGGUUUAUUGAAGUAGAACUUGAGACUGAUGUAAGUUUAUUACUUUUUUAGUUUUUUAUAUAAAAUAUUUACUAUUUUUUUUACAUAUUAUUUAUUUUUAAUAAAAUUACAAGCAACCCCAACAAAAGAUUGAAUUCUUUGGCAUUUUUACCAAUGAAACUAACAAUAAUUUUGAUAAAUGUUCAAUGCAUAGACUGACAUUUCAUCAACUGAAUUACAUAUUUUAGAUUCCAAGUAUAGCAUUUUAUUAUGUGUACAUAUUAUACCUUGGUUUUUUUUUUUAUCUGUUAACAAUUUUUACUGUAUAUAUUGCUUUAAUUAUUACCUUUAGAGUUAGUUUCUGAUAGUUUCUAGUUAGUGCUCUUUGAUUUUCUUACCAGGUACACUUUUUUGAACAUUCUGGUGAUUUUUGAACUUUUUAUUUUUAUUAUUGCUUAUUCUAAUUUUUAUUCCCAAUAUUAAUUAUCAACUGUUUAAAUUAAUAAAUGACAUUAAAUCUAUUGUACUUAUUAGUAGAGAUAAAAUGUUGCUUCACUGAACAUAAUUUAUUUUUAGGAUUUUAAACAAGAACAAGAAAACAGUAUUUAUCUUGAAACAUUGGGAAUUAUACACACAUUGUGGUAUAAUAGGUUUAAUCUAGCUAUGAAUUACUUGCAACAAAACAAAAACUUUUGGAAGUUAUUAUUCAAACCUCUUUUUCAUAAUAAGUAAGCUUUAUAAUAAAUUAUAUUUUUUAUUUGGAUACUAAUCUUUGGUUAAGUAUUUAAUUUUUUCACUAAAUGAUCUAAAUUUACCAUCAAAGUUAAUUUUUAUUGUCUUUCCCCUACUUUUACAAAAAUUAUUUUUAGAAUCUAAAAAUAAUUUUUUUUAAUUAAUUAUGAAUAAGUAAUUUAACAACUAAGAUUAUCUAAUGUUUUUCAAACUAGAUAUAGCAUUGAAAUCUUAUUCUAAUUAUUAAAGUCUACAUAUAGGGUGUCCCAUAAUGAUUUGCCACUUGAAAUAACUUAUGUUUUAUUCAUUAUUUUUGAUAUAUAUAUAUUUUUUUUAAUAUUAGUAUGCUUCUUUGCUACACUUUAUAUAUGAAUAUUUUUUUUUAGGGAGAAAGGGACUUAAAAUUAAAAAUUAAAAAUAGAUUUUUUGAAGUUUUUGCAAUUGUGGUUAGGUUAGGUUAGGUUAGGUUAUUCCAUUACAAUAUUUAAUUAGUUAUUAGUCAGACUACAUGAACAGGAUUUUCUUUUCCAUGAGUUAAUAUUAUGCAAUAAUGUUGUAAUAGGUCAUUUAAGUUGAUAAACAAUAUUUUUAUGAUUGAAAAGAUAUUUUAUAAAAAAAAUCUUAGAAAAUAAAAGACCCUACUUUAAAAAAAGUUUUAACCACCAAAAGUAUUCUAAAGACCUAUUUUGAAAAAUAGCUAUUUUUAAUUUUUUUAAAACAAUUAUAGUAACAUUUUUAAUUUUUAAUUUUAAAUAUCCUUAAAAAAAAAUAUUCAUAUUUAAACUGUAGCACAGAAAAACAUUAAUUAUUUAAAAAAAAUAUGUAUCAAAAAUAUUGAAUAGAAAAAAAGUUAUUUUAAGUGUGCAGAUCAUCGUGGGACACUGUAUAUAUAUAUAUAUAUAUUAGGGUGCCCAUUCAUUUUGGAGUUAAUAAUUUUAAGGAUUGUCGAUCCAAAAUUUGUUUCAAUAAAUCUAAAAAUAAGGCUCUUAAAAUUUGACUUGAAAAAUUAAACUUAAUUAACAUGGUUAAGCUCAAUGUUUUACGAAAUUAAAUAAAAUCUUUAUUGUAGAACUGAUUAUUUCCUAAAUAAAUGGUAUUUUUAUAUUUUUUUUAAAAAAUAAACCCUUCCAUCCAAAAUUGAUAAAACUACCAUUUCUCAUGAUUUUUGAACAUAACUUUAAUAAAAUAUUAAUAUUUCUUUAAAAUAAAAUAAAAUAAUUUAGAAUUUUUAAAUCAAAGUAUUUUUUAUCACCUUAAGAUAUUUAGACCCGCAAUCAUGGAUAGUCUGAAAAAAUAUUAUUAAAAUGAAUUAAUUUAACUAAUGAAUCUUAAAUAAGUGAUAUAUUUAAAAAUUUCCUAACUUGUAAUAAGAAUCGCUUCUGGUUUUUAUCUCUUAUAAUAUUUGUAUCAAAGUCUUUGAUUGAAAUAUUCGUUGAAAUAUAUUUUUUGAUUUUAAGUUAGUUAGUGAUAUUAGUAUUUCUCCAUCGGAACUUUUAAUGUGUAAUAUGAAAUGCACCUGGCUUUCUAAAACCUACUCUAGGAGAUAUGCCUACUAAAGAAAAAAUUGCUAAAUUUAAUAGCUUGCAAUAAUCUUCUUGAGGAAAUUUUUUAGAAAUAUGUAAGUAUAAGUAUAUUUAGUUAACGAAAAAACAUAAUAAAAUUCACUAUUUCUUUAAACUUUGAGCUUGAAGCGUGUCCUGUUAAUUUAGUUCAAUUGAGCUCAAAUAUUAAGGGCCUUAUUUUGAGAUGUAUUGAAACAAAUUUCCGGCUCUUCUUAAAAUUAAGAAAUACAUUUUCUUUCUAUAUAAAUAACGGGUGCCCUAAUAAACAUUGUAAACAUUGUGUAGCACCUGAAAUUAUAAUUUUGUAUAAUUUCAUUUUAUUACAAAAAUAUUUUUUGUUUUAUUCUAUGUUUAUUUUAAUAAUUAGUUUUAUUGUAUUAAUUAUAGAAUGAUAUCAGAAAUAAAUUCAGAAGUAUUUUCAAUAUUAUCCCUUCAAGCACAUUAUUGCCCCAUUGAAAGUAAUAAAGAAUUUUCAGAACAAUUAAAUAUAUUUUUGAAAACUAGAUUAAACACUAUAUUAACGGUAAGAUAUUCAUAUCAGUGAUUGUAUUAGAAUUAUAUAUAAAUAUAUCACUUGUUUGUCAACUUAGUUUUCUAUUAUCAUUUUUAAUAGUUUUGUAUUUGUAAAGAGUAAUUAUUUUUUACUUUUAUAAUUUUUAACUAUGCAAAAUAUCUAAUAUAGACACUAUCAAAUAGUCACUAUUGAAUUAUUUGAUAAUUAUCAUUCAAACUAUUCAACAAUUUGGAUAGUAUUUAUUUGGUCACAAGAAAAACUAUUGAAAUAGUUUUUAUUUUGGUAUUUUUCCCAGAUAUUAUUUGAAUAUUUUUGUUUACAAUUAAUUCUAAUAAAUGUUAAGGUCGGUAAGUAAAUAAUUCUAUGAAAUAUUACCUAUAGAUGGCUAUACAAAAGGCAAAUGGUGACUAUAUACAAGCUGACACUCAGCUGUCCCCAUAUACCUAAAUAUAUUUUUAGUUAUACCAAAUAGUUUUUAUUUGAAUAGUUGUUCCACUAGUUUUUAUUCAAAAAAUAUUAUUGUGCAUUAUUUGUUUUUAAAGCACGACACACUGUAUUUGAAUAGUAUUGCACUAUUCUCCUUCUACCCAAACUUUAAAGUAAAAUAGAACAUCAAUGGGUUCAUGGAAAUAAAAAAUGUCAACACUAAAAUUUAUUUAAACUAAUACUCUAUUUAUGGAAUUAAUAUGGGUUGCUCUUAGAAAAUCAAUAUUAGGAAGUUGUUUCACCCCAAAAUAUAAUACAAAUGUAACAUUUUUGAGCUGCUUGUUUCAUAAUUGGUUAAUAAAAAUUAUGAAAAAAGUUAAGUCUUUCUGAGGUAUUGCAUAUCUUCGCAAUCUUCAUGGAAUAGUCUGUAUUGUUACAUAUUAUGUGCUAUUACAUUAAACUAAAUUUGUUUUUCUUAUCACAAAGUUUUUAAAUAAUUUAAAAAUGGCUCAAAUAUUUUGAACAUUUUACCGCGUAUAAAAAAGUCAAAUAUAAUUGUUCUUAAAUUUUCCUGUUCAUUCUACAUUUUUUUUUUUUGGUUUUGCUCAAUUAUUAAAAAUAAACCUACGUGAAAAAUCAGAAGUCGACUUUAUUACUUACCAAUUAGAUUAAACAUGUAAUAACAAUAAUCUCUUGUCUUUUUUUUAUUUAACUAAUAUUUCUGGUAGAAUGCAAAGUGUAAAAAAGUUUAAAAUGUUUCGACUUUACAAAAAUACUUAAAAAUUAAACCCUCUUUUAAUUUGAAUAAAUUAAAUUUAUUACAAGUGUCAAAUAUAAAAAGAUGAGCGUAAUAUAGUUUUUUGAUAUAAAAUAAAUAACAUUAAAUGUAUCCUACCUUCCCACCUACAACAGUAUCAACUUUUAUUUUUGCAACCUCCCAUAUUUUACACUCUGGGUAUUAUAGGCACUACUCACCGCAAACCCUCUACAGGGUUGUGUGUAUUACCAUGUGUCUACAUCAAGACAUAGUUAUUAUUAUUUUUGUUAUUAUUGUUGUUUACAUUUAUGUUGUAUUAUAUCCCUUUGGAAGUUGGUGGCAAAUUGUUAUCUGAAUCAUCUACUUCUAAAUCAUUCUUAAUUUUUCCAUUUCUAAUAUUGUCGCAUGUUUCUUCUUCAAAUGAUCUCAUAGAUUUGACAUAUUAUUUUAAUACAUUAAACAAUUUUUACACAGUCUGUAUGCACUUGACUCGGUGUAUUACAAUAUUUUGUAUUCAGAUUAUAUAAUUUAUUUUGUUAUUCAUAAAAAUAUUAAUACAGCUUUAAUAUUGUCACAUGCUAGUUUAAAGAACGAACAGAUUUUUAACUGUUAUUUGAGGGUAGUGUGACAAUAUAACUAUAAACUUUAAAGGAUUAAUGUCUAAAUAAAUAAUAGAAUUAUUUACCUAUAGACCAUAACAUUUAUAAAAGUUGUUUUAUUUUAAACAAAGAUGUUUUAAUAAUAUUGGGAAAAAAUAACGAAGUUAAAACUAUUUGAAUAGUUUUUUCGAAAUAUUCGAAAACUAUUGUUAGUAUAAACUAUUCAAUAGCGCCCAUCUACUAGUAAUAUAAUUCCAUACAUCAAAAUUAGAUAUCUACACAAGUGUGAAGUGACUAAUAAUUAACUCAUGAAAACCUUUAAUGUCAAAUAUGUAUAUAUACAAAACAAAUUAAUUAGUGAUAUUUUCAAACUAAGAAUGUAAACAAAUUAUUUUGGACUGUAUUAGGUAUUCAUAAAAAUAAAAAGGAAUGUUUAAUGGAACAAGUUCCAUUUUUAUAGAACAAGGAAAGUGAGCAAAUUCCAUUUUAAAAGGAACACUGUCAACACUAACUAAUUCUAUAACAAAAAUUCACAUCCCUAUUCCUUUUUAAUAUUUAUUGAAAGUAUACAAAUCCCAAUCAUUAUAAAUGUAUAAUAACACAUUAUAUUAAAUAUAAUAUAUUAUGAUUUUGAAUAUUUUGUUAAUAUUAUUUGAUAUAAUAUAAUUUGUAUACAUUUUCAGGGGUUUUUAAAAUUUUUUGAAGAGAAUAAUGAUGAUUCAAUUGAUAUAAAACGAAAGUUAAUUUAUUCAUGGAAAUUUUUUACGCUACUGGUAUUAAAACACCGCAAUGCUGAUGUAAACGAUAAACAUGGUGUAAUUAAUAAUAUAUUAAAACUAUUUAUCAUUGAACUAAAAGGCAAUGACACAAGUUCAAUUGUCAGUUUAGGAGAAUCAUUAUUAAUUAUGUUAAAAAUGUGGGAAAAGUAAGUUUUUAUUUUGACUGAAUUUACUAUGAUUUAAGGUUAUAGUGUAAUCUAUCACUUAUUGCAAUGACUUUAUUUCACUUAUGCUAUUUGAUAUGCUCUUAAAAAUAUAAAAAUAUGCACCAAAACUUUUCUAAAGUAAAGCUCAACUUUUUCUCCUUUGUCUUCGUCCCAACUAUUUAAGGUGGUGGCUUUCUUCAUACAAAACUAGCUAUUUUUCAAUCUUUCUCUCCACUUUUUUCUUCCUACAUUUAUUUUCAUUACAAUUCUUACUGCUUCAGAUUUUUUUUUGUCUUGUGACAUGUCCAAACUAUCUCUGUCUAUUUCCUCUCAUUUUGUCUAAAUUAACUUUAAAAAAAUAAUAUUUAUUCUUAUUCUCAAAUUAAAAUAUAAAUUCUAGUAUCUAAAAUAAUAGAAUAUAAUUCACAUUUUUAUCAAUUAAUUUUUUUUUUAUGAUAAUGAAAUUAUAUAUGAAGAAUAGAAAAUUAACAAUUGAUAUGCACAUGAUAUUGUGUUUAUUAAAUAUAUUUUUUGGAAUACAAGACUUGUCUAAGUAAUUGUUUAUGUAUAGGGACUGUAUUAUGAAUUCCAAGUCAACUAUUGAUAAUCUACAAACAAUUUUAAAAUUGUUUAAUAAUAAUUCAGCAUUAGCUGAAAGUCAUUUAUCAAAAACUACUGUUUUAAUUGUGAUAAAUGAGAUUUCAAGUAUUAUAUUUUCUGAUGAUACAUUUUGUACAGAUAAUGCACACGAAGGUUUUUAUUAUUUAGUUAUUUAACUCAUUAUUAAAUAUGUUUUAACUGUUUAAUUUUCUGAUUAUAGAUUUUAUUAGUAAUGAAAUGUAUAGUGUUAUUUGUGAAUUAGCAGAAAAACAAUUGGAAAAUAUUUACAUAACAGAUCAUGAAUAUCGAUCUAUUCUUAUAAAUUUAAAAUUAACAAAUUCAGUAUUUUAUAAAAUCAUACCCAUAAUUAAUAGAUUAUCAACCAGUUGGCAUCAAUCGAGUCACUUGACAAAUACUAUUGGCCAAAUGCUUACUUAUAUAGACAAAUGUAACAAAGUAUGUAUAUUAAUAAUUAUGUAUUAUAUGCAGAUUAUAUUUUAAAUAUAUGUAUAUUUAUUUUAGGAUCAUCAAAUUAGUACUAUUACUAUAGAAGUGUCUGAUUUUCUUGUAUACAUGUCAUCAAUAAAACAGUUCCAUUCACAAUUUGGCACUCAGCCAUUUAUUAUAAAGCAUUUAUGCACAGUGUUAUCUGUCAAAUGUGUAACUUCAACUUCAGUAAGUUAAUAAUGGGUAUAAUGUAUUAUUGAAGAUGAUAUAAUCCUAAUGUUUAAUAUAGAACGAAUAUGAUAUUAAAUAUGAUGAUCUAAAACGUUUAUGUGUUUACAAAAAUUAUUUCAAAAUGCUUUUCAAUUUUUUGAUUAAUUGUGACUCUUGUGUAAAAAAAGAAGCAAUACAUCAACUAACAUCAAUUUUCUUAGACUUGUCUAUUAUUUUAAAUUUUGUAAGUAUUCAUUGAACAUAUUAAAAUAAAUUGUUGACCACUAAUGUUUGUUUUUACUGGUUAGCCAAAUAAUAAGAAAGUUUCUAGUUCUCAUUUAAAUCUUGUGCAAUCAGUUAUUAAAUUGAUGAAUUUAAUAGUUUCAAAAGAAUAUUAUUAUUAUUGGCAAUCAAUCGGUGGUUUGUGUUAUAUUGCACUUGAAAAAAUUAUUGUAAGUUGUUAAAUAUUACACUCUUCUAUACUUUUUAAUAAAAAAAAAUCAAUUAAAUAUUUUUAGAUAAGUAUUUGGGAUUGUGCCUAUGGAUCAUAUCGACAAUUGAAUGAUCCGGAUAACUUGAUAAUAAGUAUCUUUAAAAAUGAAAAAGUACAGUUAAAUUUACCCGGCUGGAAAACUAGAGGAGAUAUAUUUACCAAAAAAGAUUUACUGACAAUUAAAACUACUAGAAAAAUGUAAAGGCAUUAUAGUAUACAGGAUGUUCCACAAAGUUAUACCCAUUGUGAUAUCUCUGAAGAUAAUAAACAUAAUACAAUUUUUUUUUCAUAUUAUUCACAGUGAUAAGGACUACAACUAUUUACAUUUCAAUUAAUUUUUUGGUUAGUUCAAAGAAAAAUACUUAUAAUUAUGCAUCAUGCUAUCUUAAUUAUCUCAGGAGAUAUUACAAUAGGUAUAUAUUCGUGUGACACCUUGUAUAUAUUAUAUAAUAUAAUACAAAGUGAUUUUUUUAUCAUGAAUCAAUAAUUAUUUCAGAGGAUUUUAAGUAAAUUUGAUUUCUGUUUUUUUUUAGUCUUUAUGGAUCAUUUAAGCUUUAUUUUAAAACCAUUUUUAAUUUUUUACCCCUACUCCUUUUAAACAGAUUUGAAUAGAGAAUAUUUUUCUAGACAUUUAUACAUGCUUAGCACUAAUAUCAGAUUUACCUUUUAUGAGUUAAAACAAUUAAGUUUAGACUAGAGGAGUAAGGAAGGAUAAUAAAUUGCCUAUCUAUGACCCUUUGAUAUGCAUAACACUAAUAUCAAAAUGUCUAGAAAAAUAUUCUCUAUUCAUAUCUGUGUUUAAAAGGGGGGUAGAGUAAGGGUGAACAAUCCAUAAAGAUUAAAAAAAAAACAAAUCAAAUUCACUUAAAAUCCUCUGGGAUAAUUACUGGUUCAUGAUAAAAAAAAAAACACUCUGUAUAUGUAUAUAUAUAUAUAUAUAUUUUUUUUUAAUGAUGAUUAUUGUGUUAUUUUUUCAGCCUUUUCGACAUUUUAUAUUCUUGUAAUUCAAUUCUUGCACGUAUCAUGAUCCCACCAUAUGAAAUUGUAUCAUUACUUCAAUUGGGUUUAAGUGAUGCAAGUGUAUUUAGAAAUAUUAUUUCCAAUGAAGUCAUUGUUGAUAAAAAGUUCAGUACAUUUUCUACAAUUGAUGGACUAAUAGAAAUGAUUGUAUUUCUUUCCGAUAAAAUUACUAGAGUAAGUAAUUAUUUUUAUUUUAUUAUUCCCCAACAUAGAUUUUAAUUUUUUAUACAAUUUAUCAGCUGCUUAAAAAAUUAACAUAACUUAAUUUAUUUAAAAUAAAAUAAAAUAUGUUUAUGCAAUUAUGUUUAAUAAAAUAUAAAUUGUUUUUAAUCCCUUGUGUUCCAAACUAAUUAAGCUCUAAAUGAUUCAUAUUAUACUUUUGACUUAAAAAAUUGCAACUAUUCAUUUAAAAUAAUUAAAAUCCUUUAUAUAUUUAGCCUCUUUUUUCCUUUAGGCAACUUGUCCAAUGAAAGAAAUUUCUAGUGACUUAGUACAUAACUUUGUUAUAUUUAUCCACUUGAUAUCACCUAUACAAAUUCCCUCUAUUACUAACAUUUUGAUAAAGAUGUAUUUAUUUUUAUUUUUCAUCAUUUUUAUUCUACUAAGUAUUUAAUAUAUUUUAAAUUAUACAUUUAAAAAAUAUAUCUAAAAACAGACGGAGUUCAAGAAUAUUGUUUUUACACAAUUAUAGAAAUGUGUGUAGUGUCAGGUAGAUGUAUAAAGCUCCUUGAUCAGAUUGGGUAAGACAUAAUUAAAUUAAUAUAUGAUAUAUAUACAUUUUUAUUAUUUUGUCAAUUAUGUGAUUUAAUAUAUAAUACAGAUAUGAAAAUGAGAUAACCAUACCUGACUAUUAUAUUAUACUCAAUCAGAUUAAGGACAUGUUAGUAUGACUAAUCUAUAGUUAUAACUAAUGAAAAUAUAAUUUAAGAUACCUACACUAAAAAUGUAUAAAUACGAUUAUAUGAAGAAAGAGAUAAUAUUAAUGAUGUGGAUAUUUGUUACAAAAAUAUUUUGAGGGUGCACUAAAAAAAAACUAAGAGGAAACAUUUUAUUUAUUAAUUUAUUUUGUAUUUAUAUUUUGAAACAUAUUUUAUUAUUUUUGGCAUUCUUAAUCUGAUUUCUAACUAAUAACUUUUUCCUCAUAUCUAAUUUUUUUCAAUUUAUUUUUAUCAUAAAAAUAUAAUUUUUAUAAUAUUGUGAUUAUUAAUUAUUCAGCAUGGUGUAGUUUCUACUUCAUUAAUAUCAGCACUCAAUGAAAGAUAUGCACUAGACGUAGAAUUAUCAAGUUUAAAUGAUGCAUUAGAAUUAUGUGUGUAUACAUUCACCAGUCAACUUUUAAUGAAAGUAUCACAAAAUAGUGAUAACAACGAGCAUUUGAAUGAAAUUGCUGAUGUUGCCAAAAAUAUGGUAAUGUGGUAUCAUUUUAAAAUGAAUGUUCCCACCCAAAAAAAUUGUUUAUCUUUAAAGUAAUAUUAAUUAAAUUUUUUUUAGAGUUUUCUUCUGUAUAGAACUAUAAGUAAAGAUGUAGAAGAUAAACGUAUAACAUCAUUUGACAUUAGAUCUCAACAGUCAAAUGGAGAUCGUUCAGAAGAUUUGUUGAUAGGAUUUAUGAAAUUACUAGAAUUUAUUAAAGACAUUAACAGGUUUUUGUCAAACAUAUAUUUAUAUAUAUAUUUUUUAAAGUUAAUUAAUGUUUUAUCUAAUUUUAGGACCUCUGCUGCUUUAACGAAGAAAGAUAUAUGAACUAAAUAUUCAAUUAUAUGUUGAAUCUUUUUUUUUUGAAUAAUUAAUUCCAAAUGUAUAUAUGUAUGUAUUUAUAAUUAUCUGUGAUUAAUUAUUUCAAGUAACCUGAUAAACAAUAUACUUCUUUCAUUAUUAUAAUAUAAAAUAUCCUAUUUUUUUUUAAAUAAAAUUAAAAAUGUGAC